AUGCGCACGUAUGGGAAUAAUACAAAUCAGUUUUUCCAGCCUAGUCUGCAGAACCGAGAUUCACAGCCACACAACCUGAGCAGCUUGCAGUCUGGAGCGUUAUUGCAGGCAGGACAAGGUGACAGCCGUGCUUCUUGGUCUCAGAACACAAGUGGCUUUACGUUAGAUCGAUAUCCGUCUCAGCAACUGUGUAGCUCGGGAUUUGCGGGUGGGACUGUGGUUAAUGGCAUUGGUACAUUUCGAACGAGCGAGGAAGACGGAAUCUGCGAGAAUCACAUCUCAUUCUGUUUCAAUCGAGAUUUGGAUGAAUAUCCGUCUAGCCAGCUUUCUACGGUAUCUUCUGGUUAUUCGCGAGCUGACAUAUGUGGUUCGGUAGCGGGACAAAGAAACGAUGGUAGUUAUGCUAUGGUACAUGCUGUGGCUAACAGUAACAACAUUUUACCGAGUGGUGGUCAGCUAAGCUGUCCCCCCAUCUUCACGAGUGCUCCUAGUAAGACAGUUUAUCUGGGCAAUAUCCCACCUACUUUGACAGUCAAAGCACUCCUAGAUCAUGUGCGCAGUGGGGUCGUAGAAGAGGUAAGAAUACUGCCCGAUAAGAUGUGUGCGUUUCUUACUUUUGUGGACGAGAGUGCAGCUUUACUUUUCCACUCGGAUGCGCUCUUGAAGAGGCUACAUAUCGAUGGAAGAGACAUCAAAAUCGGCUGGGGAAAGCCGACGCCGGUGGACCCUUUUGUGGCCAAUGCUAUUCGUAGCGAUGGUGCCACGAGGAAUGUUUACAUAGGACAGCUCAACACAGAUACCGAUAUUGCAUCGCAAGUUGGUGCUGAUCCAACUGAGGAAAAGAUAACGGAGGACAAACUGAAAUCAGAUCUUCAAGAGUUUGGUGAGAUAGAUUGUGUCAAGAUUGUAGCUGAAAAAGGCAUUGCAUUUAUUCAUUUUGCAUCAAUUCUCAGUGCCAUCAAAGUAGUAGCAAAUCUAGCUAGUACUAAUGCAUACUACAAGAACAAGAAGAUCUUCUACGGGAAAGAUCGAUGCGCGUUCAUCACGAAGACCCAACAGCAUAACGCAGCACAGUUCUUGGGUAUUCAUCCUGGGAUGGAUAGAUCGGCGCAGUUCAAGGACUACGAAUUGAUCUCGAAUGCUCUAUUGCAGCAGUCAGCGGCAGCAGCAGCUAUUGCAACGUCAGCUGGGGGACCAAAUAACCUGGGGAAUAGAACGGUUUAUUUGGGAAAUCUACCGAAAGACGUCAAGAUCGAGGAGAUUUGUAACGUAGUGCGUGGGGGUAUACUUCAGGCGAUAAAAUUGCUAUCCGAUCGACAUGUUUGUUUUGUGACGUUCAUUGAUCCCGCGGCCGCGGCUCAAUUCUACGCAAUGAGUUCGCUGCAUGGAAUAACGAUACAAAAAAGACGCUGCAGGGUAGGAUGGGGCAAACAUCCGGGACCUCUUCAAAAUUCCCUAGCCCUCGCUGUCAGUAACGGAGCCUCGAGAAACGUCUACGUUGGCAACAUCGACUUUGAACAGGACAGUAAAAGACAAAAUCCAAUAUUCACAGCAGAGAACCUACGCUCCGUCUUCGAAGAAUUCGGUGAAGUCGAGCAAAUUAACUUUCUACCAGAGAGAAACUGCUGUUUCAUCAACUACACCAACAUCAACAACGCUAUCUCAGCCAUUGACAAGAUCAAAUCCAAUCCAUCAUUCCAGGACUUGAAGAUCAACUUCGGUAAGGACCGAUGUGGUACCAUCCCGCACCAGAGACGCUAA